GUCCUGGGCGAACAACGCGUCGGUACGCCGAUUCCACACCACGUCUGGCGUCGCCAUUUCAGGCGAAGGCCCAGGUCCCCGGCAAGCCCCUAAUCUCAUGCACUUAUUCGCCCGCAGGGAGAGCAUCGACAUCAGCAAGACACGGUGCGCAGGAUGGCCGGAAAGCCACGACAAGGUGCUAUAGGCAUCUCCACUGGAAAGCGCCAGCAACAGAAGCCGGCAUCUUUAUCACAUAUCGGAGCCAUCACCGCGGUUAUCGCGGUUCCAUGGCACCAAAUUUACCGAGUAGACCUAUUAUAUUGUCCCUCCGCCCUCCCUGGUGUCAGUGAGCCUGGGAAACAGUCCCUCUAAGAAAAAAAAAAGCAUUACGGCAAC